CACUGCUUCUCCUCUCUCCUCUGUCACCGAGUCUCUUUGGUUUCGCUGUGCUGUGACCUCGAGUCCCAGAGUCCCCGUUAAAACAUCCCACGUCGGUCACAUACGCCCGGGCAGGAGAGGUUGGUCUACAAUUUCUACGUGCUUCGAAAAGAGUAUUGUAUGAGUCAAAAAAUUGAAAAACCGAUACUAUCAGGUCAACGCAUAAAGACCAGAAAAAGAGAUGAAAGAGAGAAAUAUGACCCAACCGGAUUUCGAGAUGCGGUUUUGCUUGGUUUGGAAAAAGCUGGUAACGACUUAGAAGCAAUUUCUAAAUUUUUGGACGCGGCUGGUUCUAAGUUAGAUUAUCGUCGAUAUGGGGAGGCAUUAUUUGACAUCAUGAUAGCUGGAGGCCUUCUAGUUCCUGGCGGUUCCAUUGCUCAGGAUGGUGACAAACCGGUAAAAACCAGUGCAUGUGUUUUUGAGCAGCCAGAGGAUAUGGAGUCUAUGCGGAAUUUCGAGCAGGUCUUUAUCAAGCUUAUGCGGCGUUACAAAUAUCUGGAGAAGAUGUUUGAGGAAGAGAUGAAGAAAGUAUUGGUUUUCAUGAAAGGAUUUUCACCUAAGGAAAGAAUCAAGCUAGCUAGGAUGACAGCGCUGUGGAUCUCAAACGGUUCUGUACCACCUACGGUCCUUUCGGUCUUGAUCAAUGAGCAUCUUGUCAAGGACAACUUGGCAUUGGACUUUCUACUGGAGGUCUUUGUUACUUGGAAACAGGAAAAAGGCUUAUCUAGUUUAAUGACGGCUCUGAAGAAAGGAGGUAUUGAGGGAAGGUUGAUGGAGUUUGUACCACCAAAUAAACGAACUGAGGAGCAUUUCCGGUCUGUAUUCGAAGCAGUAGGCCUGGCGGAUAUCGUGAAAUUGCACAAGGCUCAGGCCAGUCAGGAAGCCAAACGGGAUCUGCAACAACUUCUCUUGGAUGACUUAGCGGAAAAUAGACCAAUGAAAGACAUUACGUUAGAUCUCAAGGAAAUGGCACAAAGGAGCUGUAUUCCCGAACACGAAGUGAUUGGAUUGAUUUGGGUUGUUGUAAUGGGCCAAGCUGAAUGGAACAAGAAAGAAGAGUUGGUCGCUGAACAAGCACUGAAACAUCUAAAAGUUUAUACUUCACUGUUCGGUGCUUUUACAACCACUGCCAGAUCUGAACUCGCACUCAUCCUCAAGGUCCAGGAGUUCUGUUAUGAGAACAUGAAUUUUAUGAAAGUCUUCCAGAAGAUUGUUUUACUCUUUUAUAAAACGGAAGUUGUGUCAGAAGAUGUAAUAUUGAAGUGGUACAAAGAGGGUCAUUCAGUGAAGGGGAAAAUGCUCUUUUUAGACCAAAUGAAAAAAUUCAUAGAAUGGCUACAGAAUGCUGAAGAAGAAUCCGAAUCAGGAGAAGAAGAGGAUUAGAAAUAUUCAAGAGAACGCAUCAUUGCCAGUGACAAGAAACGACAUAGACCCAAAAUUUCGAGACAGAUCAAGGACACGUCAAUAUCAGUCAGAAGAGACGCCACGGACUCUUGGAAAUAUACAAUUAUAAAUAAAACUUAAGUCAAUGUUAGGUACUCCAUGAUGAAUCAAGUAUUCAAAAGAAUAGAAAAUUUUUAAAUUGUCAAUAAGAACUAAACACUAACAUCCAAUCGGUGUGGAGGAACUGUAAAUUUGCAACAUCUUUGAAUUGUAUUACUUUAAGAAAAAAUAUUUUGUGUUACAUUUUUAUAACUCCGCUACAAAAUAUAUACAGAAUAACAAAGAACGUAUAAGAAAAAAAAAUCUUUAUCCCUGUGUACGUACACGUUUCGGAUCCCUGUCUUUCUUUGUAUAAUAUUGUACUAGUUUAUAGAAAAUAUACUGACAGGUGGUGUUUAAUA